ACACCACAAAGGCACAAAACAAACAUCUAAUCAAUCCCCCAAAACAAACACACUGCUUUCAAGAAAGAUUCUGCUCACACCCACAAACCCUGGAUGGGGAUGGGGAUGGGGAUGGGGGAUGACAACAACAAGAAGAAGAAUGGCAAAUCCAUGCUGCUGGGAAUCAAUAUUGGGUGUUUGGGACUGGGAGGUAUUGUGUUGUUGGGUGGAGCUUUGGUGACUGCAACCCUUGUAUCAAUCACAACACGACGACAACGUCGCUCAUCAYCGGAUGCCAUUAACCACUUGGAGUUGAUGAUGAAGACUAAUAAAGAUCGGGAAUCACUGGAUCUUCAGAAUUCCAGUGAUGGGGCAAAUGGCAUGAAGGAGAUGCAGGCUAAACCCAAUCAAAUUUUGACUCCGGAUGAAACCCAAAAUUCUGGAGUUGGUGAAGAUCAAAAAAGCACUUGGAUUUAUAUUGAUAAUGUUUUUGAGACCAAAGUAGUUGAURAUGGUUAUGAAAAGAUUGUGUUGGAGUUGGACUAUGAUCAACAAUCGGUUGUGGCAACUCAGACUGAACUGGGGUUUCCSUCGAGUGAAGAAGAUUCAUCUAGUGAAAUUUUAGCUAUCACUGCACCCAGAGAUGGUGGUGGUGAAGAGCAGAAAUACCCUAUGCUGAUUGAUGAUGAAGAGACUGAUGCUGCUGGCACAGAAAAGUCAUUAGUUUCCAUCCAAGGUGUCACAUUGAUAAAAGAAGAUGAAGCAGUUAUAGUGGAAGAAAGCAUGCAGUACGAAAAUUCUAGAGACAUCACUUCACAAGGUCAGGUGCCUCUUAAGGAUGAUGCUGCAGAAGAAACACCAACUGGGCAUGUAGUUGAAGAUCAAGAAACAGUAUUCAUGAAUGCGGGGGCUGCUUCUGUGAAUCGCCAAUUUCUUGAAAAGAAAGAAGUAUAUGGUCAUGAUGAAAUGAUUCCAGAGAAUUAUGGAGACUUGGUUGAUAAAACAGGUUAUCCGGAUUCAAUUGUCAAUGAACUAGUAAUGAAAGAAGMAGCAAAGAUUAAAGUAGAAGACAGCCUUCAAGUGCGAUUUCUAGAAGAAGAGAAAGAAAUAGAUGUGGUGGAGGAUUGUGAGGGAGACUUGAGUUACAAAACAGGUGAGGUUAUGAGAGGAGAGAAGCAACAAACAGGAAACAACAGCGAACAAGCAACAGGAGAAGAAGAAGAAGAAGAAGCAGUCAAGGCAGCUAGUGUGGAGCCAGUAAAUGCGGAAGACGUCUUGGGGAUGGCAGCUGCCCAACAAAUGCAAUUCCAUGAACAAGAGAAAGACAAGGAAGGUGAACUGCCACAUGUUCAAUUGAUUGAAGCAGCCAAAGUUGACGAUCAACCAGUGGUAGGAGAAGUCAACCCACCAAGGCAGUUGAUAGAGACAGAAGAUGAAUUGGUCAAGAAAGAAGGAAAAAGCAAGGAAGAGGCAAUCCGGCAUGUUAGAUUGAUUGAAGAAGCCAAAGAUGGUGAGGAAGAUGGGAGUGAAGCAAGUUCAGAUGGAACAAGAUACUCCUCUAUGCAGGAGUUAGUGAUACCAGAAGCAAAGAUAGAUAACCAGAAGACUGAAGAAAACAUGACAAUUGUAGGCAAARAGCAGAACGACAGUGACCAUAAUGGGAUCAUGAAAGAAGGUAAGAGUGCGUCGAAUUACAAACAGAGGUUUGCCAAACAAGCAGCAGCGAGUGAGCCAUGGAAUCUUAAACUAUGGGGAUGGUUCUUGUUGGCAUCAAUAUGGUGCAUUUGCCAUUGCUAUUCUGAGCUGCCACUCCCAGAAGUUAGUCUUGUUGGUAGUUUGUUUUUCAUUUUCAUCUUUUUGGGCCAUCGGAAGCGCACUAAAUAAAUAUGAAUAAAAAGGCUUCUAGUUUCUUGUAUAAUGGCAUUUCAUGUAUACCCCCAAUCACCCAUUUUGUAAUCAUUCGGAGUUAUUUACGGAAGUCAAAACAAAUAUCUAGCUAUCUUGUUCA